AUGUCCGGGCGUUUUGUGCGUUCAUCCAAGUAUCGCCACGUCUUCGGACGUUCGACACGCAAGGAGCAAUGCUACGAUAAUCUCCGAAUCUCACGAAAUGCCUGGGAUACCAACCUGAUCAAGGUGAACCCGAAGCAUCUGGCUGUCAAUUGGGAAGCUGGAGGUGGUGGAGCUUUUGCUGUCAUCCCGCUUGAGGAACGAGGGAAAUUACCGGACCGCAUUCCUCUUUUCCGAGGACACACCGCAGUAGUGCUCGACACCGACUGGAAUCCUUUUAACGAUGAUUUGAUUGCGUCCGGCUCCGACGAUGGAAAGGUCUUCCUCUGGCGGGUUCCAGAUAACUUCACCGUUCGUCCCGACGUGGAGGCGGAUGAUGUUCAGGACAUCGCGCCUGUUGGCAAGCUUAGUGGUCACCCCAAGAAGAUUGGCCACGUGCUCUUUAACCCCGCGGCGGAAAACGUUCUGGCAACGGCCUCCGGCGACUAUACUGUGAAGAUCUGGGAUAUUGAGGCAGGUGCGCCAAAGUUGACGCUGAACAUUGGUGACAUUGUUCAGUCUCAGUCAUGGAGCGCCAACGGUUCACUUCUGGUCACCACUUCGCGUGACAAGAAGCUCCGCAUCUGGGAUGUUCGCCAGGAGAGACCUGCGCAUGAAUCUGCUGGACAUUCUGGUGCCAAGAACAGCCGUUCCGUCUGGUUAGGCGAGCGCGACCGGAUCGCGACCACCGGUUUCUCUAAGAUGAGCGAUCGUCAGCUGGCUCUUUGGGAUAUCCGUGCCGCCCGAGAGCCCAUUAAUGGCUUUAAGACUCUGGACUCCAUCUCCGGUGUCUGCAUGCCUUUCUGGGAUGAUGGCACCAACUGCCUGUACCUGGCUGGCCGAGGUGAUGGAAACAUCCGUUAUUUCGAGCUUGAGAAUGACAAAUUCGAGUUCCUGUCAGAAUACAAGUCUGCUGAUCCUCAACGUGGUGUUGCAUUCAUGCCUAAGCGUGGUGUAAACAUGCACGAAAAUGAGCUUACCCGCGCGUUCAAGACUGUCAACGACGGCUACAUUGAACCUGUCUCAUUCAUCGUUCCUCGCCGAUCCGAGAAUUUCCAGGACGACAUCUACCAUCCCACCAUUGGCGUAACCCCCGCUAUGAGUUCCUCCGAGUGGCUUUCUGGUAAAGAGGCCAUUCCCCCCAAGAUUUCCAUGGCUAGUUUGUACGAUGGCAAUGGCCUCGAGGAAGUCUCCGGUGUUCAGGAGAAGCCAACUGGUGCCAUAGAUACGCCCUCCAUCAAGGUUGAUGAGCCCGAGCCCACAAAGCCCGAGCCUGUUGCCCCCAAGGCCGCUCCUGAGCCUAUUCCAGAGCCUACCCCAGAGCCCACGCGCGUUGCCCGUCCCUCUCCGUCUAUGAAGGAGCAAGGUGCCUCCAUGGCCGCUAUGGUAAACAAAUUCGCAGAUGAUGAAGAGGAGACUGCUCCUGCUGAAGAUGAUGACUCCAGCUUCGAGGAGAUUCCUAAGCCGGUUGAGCGCUCUGCCCGCUCUCCCGUUGCCGAAGCAUCUUCUCCGCGCGUCAGCAGCCCUUUGCGCCCCCAGGAAACUGAGACCAAGCCCCAACCUGCCCCUGCUGUCACCCCUACCCAGACUAAGGCUCAAACCCCUGUCGCGUCAUCUCCUGCCAGUGAGAACAGCGUGCCAACGACCACUGUUUCCAAGGAGAUCGAGGAGAUCAAAUCACUGAUCGCCGAACAAACCAAGACCAUUGCUGCGCAGGCACAGCAGGUGCAAACAUUGACCGCCGAAAUCGAAGCCCUGAAGACCAAGUUGAACUGA